AUGACUUCACGCGAUGGGCGUCGGCGCUGGCUGCUCUGGGGCAGCCUGCUGCUCGGAGCCGCGGUGCUAGCAGCGGUCAUCACCCUCAUAGUGCUGCACAAGCGCGGCGUGCUGGCAUCCGGCGGCGGCAGCUACACGCCGCUCCCAUACUAUCAGCGGGAGCGCAACACCACCGCAGAGCCUGCCUUCGCAGCUGAGCUGCACCCGUGGCUGCUACCCAAGGAGCUGGCGGCCCUGGAGAUGAGCCCCAGCGCCGACGUGAUCGUGGUGGGCGCGGGGGUGGCAGGGCUGAGAGCAGCGCAGGUGCUGGCCGCCAACAUGAGUGUCCUGGUUGUGGAGGCGCGGGAGCGAGUGGGCGGCAGGGUGCACAGCAUGCCAUUUGCCGGCAUCACAGCGGAGCUUGGGGCGCAGUUCAUCUGGGGCUCCGAGAGCGGCAUAGAUGCGGGGAGAGAUGGCCGGGGCAACCCGCUCACAGAGAUUGCCAACAUGCUGGGCCUGGCGCGGGUGGCCACCAGCGGCACCAUGCACCGCCGGUUUGGCCCAGAUGGCCACGUGCUGACCUCGCGUCAGCAGCUGCAGAACCUGCAGCAGUGGUCUGCUGACCUGGAGGCCCUGGCCAGCGGCGCUGCAGCCAACCAGUCGCUGGCCGACGUCCUGCGGGGGCCGGCGAUGCUGAGCCGUCUGGGUGGCAGCCCCGCCAACGCGGCGCUGCUGGGCGCCGAGGCGGCGGCACGGUACGGCGUGCAGUACGGCGGCGCGCUGGGCCAGCUGUCAGCCCUGUACUUCGACAACACCACCUCCUAUGGCGGCGUGGACAAUGUGGUGCUGGGAGGGUACAGCAGCAUCCCAGAGAGCCUGGCGGCGGAGCUUGGGGAGGGCGGCCAGCUGCUGCUGAGCAGCCCUGUGCUGGCCAUUCACCACGGCGACAGCAACGCAACGGUGUACACGGCGACAGGGGAGGCACUGACGGCGCAGUACGUGGUGUGCACCGCGCCGCUGGGCGUGCUGCAGGCGGGCGGCAUCCAGCUGGAGCCGCCGCUGCCGAACGAAACGGUGGCGGCGGUGGCGCGGCUGGGCACGGGGCGCCUGGAGAAGCUCUGGCUCGAGUUUGGUAGCGCCUUUUGGAGCGAGGCGCUGUGCGGCAGCGGGGAGGCGGCCGCGCCCUGCGAGCAGCUGGGGUAUCUGGCGGCAGCCACCAACAGCUCUGGCUGGCGGCGCUUCAUCAGCAUGGCGGCAUACACGGGGCGGCCGGUGCUGGUAGCCCUGGCGACAGCAGAGUGGGCAGAGGCGCUGGAAGGGAUGAGCGACGAGGAGGCGGCGGCCACAGCUCUGGCAGACCUGGCAGCCCUGUUUCCUGGCGCGGCGCCGGCGGCACAGCUGGUUCAGUACCGGCUGAGCCGGUGGGGGCAGGACCCCUGGGCUCGAGGGUCGCUCAGUUACCACGCAGUGGGCAGCACCCCCAGCGACCGCGCCACGCUGGCAGAGCCGGCGAGCGGCAGCCUGGUGCUGGCGGGAGAGGCGGCCUCAGUGUUGCACCCUGGCACCGUGCACGGCGCCUACCUGUCGGGCCAGGAGGCGGCGUAUCGUGUGCUGGACGCGGCGGCGGAGUUGCCGCAGUGCGACAGCGCCGCCGGCAGUGCAGAGGGCAGCAGCGACGGCGACGUGUGCGUGGUGGCGCCGGCCUUGGCGCUGGUGGAGGCGGCUGAGGCGUAUGUUACCGACUGCCUGUGCGAGUGGCCGCCAUUUCUGGAGCAGUAA